AUGGGAUUUCCCGUCGGUUACACAGAACUCCUCUUCCCAAAACUCGUCCUCCACCUUCUCUCCAUCUUCACCUUCAUCCGGAAACUCAUUUCCAUCAUCUUCACCCAUCUGGGUCUCCCGGAUUUCAUCGAACCCGACAUUCCAUGGCCGGAAAGCUCAACCCGAAUACCCGAAUUCGAAUCCGUUUCAGCUCUUCUCAUCCGCGAAAUCCUACCGGUUGUCAAGUUCAACGAGCUAGUGGACCCACCCGAAAGCUGCGCCGUUUGUCUCACCGAGUUCGAGGAAAACGAUGAGAUCAGACGGUUAGCGAAUUGCAGACACAUUUUCCAUCGAGGUUGUUUGGACCGUUGGAUGGGAUACGAUCAGAGAACGUGUCCGUUGUGUAGAACUUCGUUCAUACCUGAUGAUAUGCAGAGUGCUUUCAAUGAGAGACUUUGGGCGGCUUCUGGGAUCCCUGAAUUUCACUCUGAUGUUUCUGUUUUGUAG